UCUCCUAUCGGACUCUGCAAUAUUAGCUGAACUCCGCCGCACCAAACUUACGAAUCUCAUAAGAAUUACGUCUCCAAUGGAAAGUGUAAUCCAGAAACUGAAGAGCCUGGACGCAUACCCUAAGAUCAACGAUGACUUCUACAGUCGUUCUCUCGCCGGCGGCGUCAUCACUGUUUUCUCCGGUCUCGUCAUCUUCCUCCUCUUCUUCUCUGAAUUCCGAUUAUACCUACACACAGUUACUGAGACAAACCUUUUAGUGGACACCUCAAGAGGCGAGAAAUUAAGAAUCCAUUUUGAUGUCACUUUUCACGAAAUCCCAUGUACGCUGCUUAGUGUUGACACCAUGGAUAUUAGUGGGGAGCAACAUAUUGAUAUUAGACAUGACAUAACAAAGAAAAGAAUUAAUUCCCAUGGUGAUAUAGUAGAAGUUAGGCAAGAUGGCAUUGGAGCCCCAAAAAUUGAAAGACCUUUACAGAGGCAUGGUGGUAGGCUGGACCAUAACGAAACAUAUUGUGGUUCAUGUUUUGGUGCAGAAGAGUCGGAUGAUCACUGCUGUAACUCAUGUGAGGAGGUUCGUGAAGCAUACAGGAAAAAAGGAUGGGGAUUAACUAAUGUUGACUUAAUUGACCAGUGCAAAAGAGAAGGCUUCGUCCAGAAGGUAAAGGAUGAAGAAGGAGAAGGUUGUAAUAUACAUGGAUCUUUGGAGGUCAACAAAGUUGCAGGAAAUUUUCAUUUUGCAGCUGGGAAAAGCUUGCGCCAUUCAGAUAUGUUUUUGAGUGAUUUACUAGCUAUCCAGAACGAGGUCUUUAAUAUAAGUCAUCGCAUCAAUAAAUUAUCCUUUGGUGACUAUUUUCCUGGAGUUAUCAACCCUCUUGAUGGUGUGCAAUGGAUGCAUCAAACCUCAAAUGGUAUGUAUCAAUAUUUUAUCAAGGUCGUACCUACAGUAUACACAGAUAUUAGAGGCCGAACCAUCAAUUCCAAUCAGUACUCGGUCACGGAGCAUUUCAGGGAUGCAGACUUGGCUCAUCCAAAUUCUAUAUCUGGAGUUUUCUUCUUCUUCGAUCUUUCUCCGAUUAAGGUUAUUUUCAAAGAGGAGCACACUCCAUUCCUACAUUUUAUGACACACAUAUGUGCAAUAAUUGGAGGUAUCUUCACGGUGGCUGGUAUAGUUGACUCGUUUCUGUAUCACGGCCAACGAGUUAUCAAGAAGAAGGCCGAGAUUGGAAAGUUCCGGUGAAAUGUUUUUACGUCUAUUACACAUUUUGUGGCAUAUUGGCUAAUCCAUAAGCCUUAGCUGCAAUGGUUAGGACCGGUCUUCCGCUCUGCUUUCCUCUAUUCCUACGGCCUUGCCUUGUGGACUGUUUCCUGUAGGUGGUGGUGUAUAAUGAGAUGUGGGUGCCAAAAUAGGACUGGUUAGAGUUGUGUUUUUGUGAUGUUACAUUUGGAACAUGUUUUAACAAAUGCACUGUUCUUGAGUU